AUGGUGGAUGCACGAAGUCGUCUGUUCAAGGUUUAUUCACGACGACAGGAUUGUAACACAAACAAAGCAACUUCUGUGAGACCCCCGCCCCCCCCGACUCCUGCCCCGCAGGAGCUCAAGGAAGCGAGCAGGAACCGGGAGGCCACAGGAAUAGAGCUCAUUCCCGACGAGCGGAACGUCUACCUGUGGACAGCGCUGAUCAAGGGCCCCAAGGACACCCCUUUCGAGGGGGGCACGUUUGAGCUGGCCAUUACAGUCCCGGAGCAGUACCCCCUGGUGGCGCCAGCAGUGAAAUACCGCACCAGAAUCUUCCAUCCAAAUGUUCAUUGGAAGGCAAGUCUACUCCGCACGGGGGAGAUUUGCCUGGACAUCCUUAAGAAUGCAUGGAGCCCUGCAUGGACGCUGAGUUCUGUGUGCCAAGCAAUAGUGGCGCUCAUGUCAGACCCAGCACCAGACAGCCCGCUCAACUGCGAUGCCGGCAACCUGCUUCGCAGUGGCGACUACCGAGGGUACAACUCCAUGGCACGAAUGCUUACAUGUGAGCAUGCUUCACGAUGA